CCGCUCCGGCGGCGGCUUGUCGGCCGGGUCUUGGCGGAGCCGGGGCCGGGGCCGGGACCGGGACCGACGGUGCUGGGCGCUCGCCGACUUGGGGCGCGGCGGGCCGUGGCAGGGAGGCGGUUAACGGCCAGGGAGCCGCCGAGGCAGGAGGAGUCCGCAGGCGGGCGAGCAGGAGGGGGCCGCUGGGCGAGCUGCCCGCAGGCUGCCCGCCCCCGCCGAGCCGCGCCGCGCCGAGCCGAGCCGCGCUCUGCCCCGGGGCACACGGGCCGGCGGGGCACGGCGGGGCGAGGCGGCGAGCGCGGCGGCGGCGGCGGGGGGCAGGCUCCGUGCCCCGCCCGCCUCGGCACGGCACGGCACAGCACGGCUCGGCACGGCUCGGCGUCGCGCGGCGCGGCGCGGCUCGGCAUCGCACGGAGCGACGCGGCUCGGCAGGGCACGGCUCGGUUCCGCUCGGACGGCACAGCUGGGUUCCGCUCGGCUCGGCUCGGCUCGGCUCGGCUCGGCUCGGCUCGGCACGGCACGGCACGGCACGGCACGGCACGGCUCGGCACGGCUCCGGCAGCUCCCGAGCCAUUCAAACAAGUGGCUCCGGCAGCACUUCGGAGCCGGGGCUGGGGAGAGGGCGCAGCGCGGCUCCCUGCCCCGGAGGCGCCGGGCCCUUCACACUGCCUCUUUUCUCUGCCGCUCGCUCUUUAUUUGACGAUGAAAUAAUGUUGACAUGUCUUGAAUUAUUAAGUAUUCCCUGGAUUUUAUUAGCACAUGAUGCCUAAAUGCUGCCUGUAUCUGCUGGGGUCUUAACCAGAGAGGAGCGAAGGAGAGAGGCAGAGAGACAGAGCGAGGGCGAGGAGAGAGAGGGGUUUUUGACAGCUGUAUUUGUGCUGAUAAGCGAAGGCACAAGGAGACGAUCGACUAGUGAGACAAGAGGGAAGCGGCGGCUCGGAGCUGCUGAGAGGGGCUGCGCUUCCCUCCCGAGACGGCUCGGCCCUCCUGGCGCCGUGCUGGGGCUUGGGGGGGACCCGAGCCCCCUCCCAGUGCCUGGCCGGGCUUUCCGCCGGUGCCCGUGCCGGGGGGCAGCUCGCUGGCUGGGCACGCCGGCUGCACGGGGCAGAUGCCGAUUGAGAUCGUAUGUAAAAUCAAAUUUGCUGAAGAGGAUGAGAAGCAGAAGGAGAAAGAAGAAGGGGAUAAGGAGAGCCUGAUCGAGGAGCCUGCCCGGCCCCGCUCCCGGGACCUGGCCACCUUUGCCAGCGCCAGCACGCUGCACGGCCUGGGACACAUCUGCCGGUCAGGGCGGCUGGGCGUGCGCCAGACCCUCUGGGCAUUCGCCUUCCUGGCCUCGCUUGCCUUCUUCCUCUACCAGGCGGCCAAGUCAGCGCUGCUCUACCUGGAGCACCCCCACGUCAUGGCCCUGGACGAGGAGGCCAUCCGCGAGAUGGUCUUCCCUGCCAUCACCAUCUGCAACAUCAACCGCUACCGCCACUCGGCGCUCACCGACGCUGACAUCUUCCACUUGGCCAACAUGACUGGGCUGCCCCCCAAGGACCGGGACGGCCACAAGGCCACGGACCUGCUCUACCCUGACCCCGACAUGGCCGACAUCGUCAACCGCACUGGCCACCAGCUCGAUGACAUGCUCAAGAGCUGCAACUUCAGCGGCGAGAACUGCUCAUCCCAUGAUUUCACUGUGGUCUACACACGCUAUGGUAAGUGCUACACCUUUAAUGGGGACCGGAGGAACCCACGGGUGACCCGCCAGGGUGGCAUGGGCAACGGGCUGGAGAUCAUGCUGGACAUCCAGCAGGAAGAGUAUCUGCCCAUCUGGAGAGAGACCAAUGAGACAUCGUUUGAAGCUGGCAUCCGGGUCCAGAUCCACAGCCAGGAUGAACCACCCUACAUCCACCAGCUGGGCUUUGGUGUCUCGCCUGGCUUCCAGACCUUCGUGUCCUGCCAGGAGCAGCGGCUCACCUACCUGCCUCAGCCAUGGGGGAACUGCCGGGCCAGCGUGCAAGGGGAGCAGAUGCUGCCUGGCUAUGACACCUACAGCAUCGCUGCCUGCCGCCUGCAGUGCGAGAAGGAGGCCGUGGUGCGGAGCUGCCACUGUCGCAUGGUCCACAUGCCAGGCAACGAGUCCAUCUGCUCCCCCAACGUGUACAUCGAGUGUGCUGACCACACGCUGGACGCAGCGGUGGAGGACAGCCAGGAGCGCUGCAGCUGCCCCACGCCAUGCAACCUGACACGCUAUGGCAAGGAGAUCUCCAUGGUGCGCAUCCCCAACAAGGGCUCGGCGCGCUACCUCGCCCGCAAGUACAACAAGAACGAGACCUACAUCCGGGAGAACUUCCUGGUGCUGGACAUCUUCUUUGAGGCGCUCAACUACGAGGCUAUUGAGCAGAAGAAAGCCUACGACCUUGCUGGGCUUCUUGGGGACAUCGGGGGGCAGAUGGGCCUGUUCAUCGGUGCCAGCAUCCUCACCAUCCUGGAGAUCCUGGACUAUGUCUAUGAGGUAAUCCGGGACAGGUUGAGUCGGGUCCUGCGCCGCUCCAAGCCACCCCUGAAGAAGCCCUCAGGCAGCAUCGCCACGCUGGGACUGGAGGAGCUCAAGGAUCAGAGCCCCUGCGAGACACUGGGCCGGCAUGUGGAGGGCACCUACAACGCGGGUAUCCUGCCCAACCACCACCACCGCCACCACUACCCUCACCAGGGCGUCUUCGAGGACUUCGCCUGCUAGGCCAGCUCGGGACUCGGAGGGGCAGCCCCCCGCCACUCCCCUCCCCACCAUGUGUAUGGAGAGGGACGGCGGCACCGGGCGCAGUGGGCACCGGCCCCUGCCUCCCCUACCCCACUGCUGUUUGCCCUCAGCAAUGCCACCAGAGCUGCCUCAGCAUCGGCACCAGCGUGGCCCCCCAGCCCUUUUGCCCAUCCCCUCCACUUGCCCCCAGCACACGGGCUCAGCCCCGUCUCAAGCACACAGCGUGGAGGGGGGGACAGGCAUGAUGGGGGGGCUGGGGGAGCUGCCAGGUGCUGGGCAGAAGGGCCCUGGCAAUGCAGAGCGUGCAGGGGGUAAGCUGGGGCUCCUGCAAGCCUCUCCGAGUCCUCUCCUGCUGGUCCCUCCUGGGUGGGUGGGGGUCUCCACCCUGCAUGGUCCCCUCCAGGAGAGAAAGGUGCCUGAAACAGCUUCCCCCCUGCCCAGGGACCACCACUCCCACCUUCCUGCUGCAGGGCAGGGCAGUGUUGCAGGGCACCCCUCUGAGCAGCAUGGCCCCCCCCCGGCCAGCCCAGGGACACCCCACCUGCAGCCACACCUGCAUGGCACCACCCUGACCCCUGGCGCCACCACCACUGUGACAUCCCCCCGAAACAUCUGCCCUUCCCCAAAUUCAUGCAGCCUGCCAGAGCUGCAGCCCCUGCCCAUUGCUGUUCCCAGCCAGACCCCUGCACUGUGACUCCCCUCCCACUCCAGUGUUGGCCCCGAUAGCCCCCAGUCAUUGCGGUACUGCAAACCUACUGCCUCCCCCCUCUCCUGCAGCCCACCAUGCCCCCAGCCCUCCUUAUCCUCUUCUUGCCCAUGUAUUGCCCAAAGUGGCUCGUCCCUUGGUGCAGCCACCCGGCAUGGCCCAGGCAGCACGUGGGGGUCCUGCCCUCACUCCCCUGCCUGUCGCCGCUCUUUUGCACCAUGCACGUAUCCCUCGCCACGCUCCCAUCCCCGGGUGCUGAGCACCCGCUGUGCCUCCCCCAGACUGUACAUGGUUAGGAGGAUGCCCCGUGCCCAGCACUGCCUGGGCAGCCACAGCCCAAGCCGCCAGCCUGAGCCUCGGCCAGGACUGACACCCACAGCCCUCCUGCCUGCCCCGAGAUGGCAGGACCCACGGCAGGACCCACAGCGCUCCCCCUGUCAUGUCGGACAUCGCCUCCUCCCCCUCCACUGUAGCAGACACCAGCGCAGGGCAAACUGCCCCAAAAUAUCUCAGGAGGGGGGGCGGGCUGGCAAAGCCCCCCUCGACACACACAUGCAGCAGAGAGGGGGACCCCAGGGCAGGAAUUUGGGACCUCUGGGGGAGGCUGUGGUUGAGCCAGGCAUUCCCUGGCCCUGACGGUUUGGUCCCCAUCUGUGGUGCCCACAGACACAACACGGCCAUGCCACGCCGUGGCCAAAGCCAUAGAUGCAGGGAAGAGCCAUCGUCCUUGCCUCCCCCAAGGCCCCACACAUGGGAGAUGCAGGGCAGGGACCGGAACACCAGCCUGGUGAUGUGCCUGGCAGCCCUGGCUCUGGGUAUGCAUGGCCCAACAGCUCCCCAAAAUAUGCACCUAUGAGGAAACAUGUUCCCCAUCAGUGCAACCACCCGGUUACAUGGUGUCUCAUGUCCCCCUGCAUGGGGACACAAACACCAAGACUCCCAGCAGGGCCGGCACAGCAGCGCUCGCUGGGGAGCCCCUCCAGAGCACCCUGUGCUAGCUCCCCAUGGAGUCCCCUCCCCACCCACCUGCAAGCAGGAGUGUCCCCAGAGGGGUGCCACAUGUAAACCCGGGGACAUGCUAUGGCCGUGCCAACCAGCUCUACACCAGGAGCUCCUGUGGCAGGCAUCGGGGGUGCAGGUUGCGGCUCCCUCCUUGCCAGCAGGAGCAGCAAGCCCCAAGCAGGGUGGGCAUGGGCACCAUGGUGGGAGGGCCAGCGCGAGUGCCCUCGUGCUGGCGAAUGUGAGAGAUGUGUGUCACUGUUUUAUAAAUGUACAAAUGCUCCCUAAUAAAGAGGCACA